AUGGCUUUAAUACUGAUUUUGGUAUUAACCCCUGACCUUCGAACAUCAUUAAUGGUAGACUUUUACCACGAAUUCCUCGCUAAUAUACGUAUUGUUCUUCCAGAUCCCGUUAAACCGAUCAUAGGUACUGUAAAACAACAGUUUUCUGGCGGACUUGUGUUGAAUGAAGAUGGAAGGUGGGGCCGAAACAGCACAACAACCCCUCAAUAUGUCGGACUUCCCAGUGUGGCAAUCGAUAACGCCUGGCUUGACCUUCUUUCUGCGGCUCAGAUUGUUGUGAGUGGCGACGAAGCACAAAGUAUUAAAUCCGAAACUGUCGAGGAAAGGGAAGGUAGAAAAUAUCGACUCAGCUUAGGUGUGCAUUAUGCAUUACACUGUGUGGACUUGGUUCGGAAAGCAAUUGACUUCGAUCAUUACUAUCCGACAGGGAAAACUCCUUACUUCUAUCGGGACCAUGUUGAUGACUGCAUUGACUACAUACGACAAUCUAUACAGUGUCAGGGCGAUCUGACACCUAUAACUUACUAUCGUCGUGGGCCGGACAUCUUCCCAGCCUCUGGCGCAACUCAUACGUGUAGAAAUUUCGAUGAGCUGAACAUGUGGGCGUUGGAGAGACGAGCACUGCACCUUCCAUGA